CCUCUUAAACUGCGGCUCUGGGCGUCAAGCGGUGACGCUGGCGCAGAGCUCCGGGUCCUGGUUGGUCAGCGGCUCCUCCUGGAGCUCAGCGCCGCCCAGAGGAGUCGGCUCCCGGCUGAAGGUGCGCUGCUCAUUGGAGGAAGGCGCGUUCAAAAAGUGCGCCUCUCUGUCCCGCUCUGCUGGAAGCUCCUCUGGUUGGUCGGCGGCAGCAGCGCGCCGCUCUCCGCCGACAUAUAAACCAGCUUUGUGCGUCUGGCGGCUCAUUUUCUAGACUAAACACUAGAAAGCACCAGAGAAGAUGAGUGGACGCGGAAAGACCGGAGGAAAAGCCAGGGCUAAGGCCAAGACCCGCUCAUCCAGAGCCGGCCUCCAGUUCCCGGUGGGCCGUGUCCACAGGCUGCUGCGUAAAGGUAACUACGGGGAGCGCGUCGGUGCCGGAGCGCCCGUCUACCUGGCCGCCGUGCUGGAGUACCUGACGGCUGAGAUCCUGGAGCUGGCAGGAAACGCUGCCCGCGACAACAAGAAGACCCGCAUCAUCCCCCGUCACCUGCAGCUGGCCGUGCGCAACGACGAGGAGCUCAACAAGCUGCUGGGCGGAGUGACUAUCGCUCAGGGCGGCGUGCUGCCCAACAUCCAGGCGGUGCUGCUGCCCAAGAAGACCGAGAAGGCCGCCAAGGCCAAGUAGACCUGCUUGGAAAACCACAAACACAACGGCUCUUUUAAGAGCCACCCACAUCUGUCUAAAGAGCACGAUUCUUACU